GUUACAAAAGGUAUAUCAUGUAAACCGAUCAAAAUCCCAAAUGGCAACAAGAGGUAGGAAGCCUUUCGCAAAUAGUAGAUCGGGUUUUCAAAAACCCAUCGAAGAAAAAGGCGUUCACCCGACUAUUCUGAAACAAGCUCGGCGAUCAGGGCAACUUAAUUUAUCCGGACGAAAUUUAUCAACAGUUCCUGAUGCAGUAUGGAGACUGAACAUUGAUGUUCCGGAGGAAGCUCGAGAAGUCAGCCUAGAUAAUACAGAGGAUAGAUGGUGGGAACAAACCGACCUGACCAAGCUUAUUCUGGCCUCAAACCUCCUUACUGAAAUCUCUCCAGACAUUUCCAAUUUCCCAGCUUUGACUGUGCUAGAUAUUCAUGAUAACAGACUGGAAUCUUUGCCACAGAGUUUGCGAGAGCUGGAUAACCUUGUCAAGCUUGAUGUAAGUCGAAACAAACUAAAAGAGUUGCCAGAAAGUGUGACGUACCUACGGAACUUAAAGAGCCUGCAUGUUGAGUACAAUGAGGUGACCAGUAUUAGUGAGAGGAUUGGAAAUCUGGACAAACUUGAAGAUCUGGACCUGAGCAACAAUCAGCUGUCAGAUCUACCUCCCCAAAUUGGACAUCUAAGUCAUGUGAUCAAAUUCAACGUAUCCAAUAACAAACUUAGCAGCCUGCCCCCAGAACUAGGCUGUAUGAAUGCUCUGAAAUGCCUUGAUGCCACACAUAACCAGUUAACACAUCUCCCUGGAGACUUAGGGAACCUCUUACACCUCGAGGAGCUGUAUCUACGCCACAACAAAUUGUCGGGGAUACCACUCCUCAGGAACUGUAAGAACCUCAAGGAACUUCACCUGGGAAACAAUCAAAUAAGCAGUAUUACAGCAGAGCACCUGCAAUACCUGGAGACCGUGUCGGUACUGGACAUCAGAGACAACAAGAUCUCCGAGCUUCCGGAGGAAAUCACAUGUCUGAGUGGACUACAACGAUUGGACCUCACAAACAACAACCUGACAGGGCUACCAUUUGUCCUUGGAACAAUCCAGCCUCUAAAGUCGGUGGUUUUAGAUGGAAAUCCUAUGAAGUCAAUUAGGAGAGAUAUUAUACAGAGAGGAACAGUGGAAUUAAAGAAAUACCUCUGUAGCCGAAUUGAGGUUCCACAACCUGUGGUAGCCACCAACAAAGGGAUCCAGAAUGGGGGAGACACUGGUAUUGUGGGAGGGACAGGGGAGGGGCUGAAGGCUCAUGAAAUCCAACAGUCCAAAACCCUGGACUACAGUAAUAAGAAAGCCACUUCAGUACCAAAUGAUGUGUGGGAAGUGGCCAUGAAGUCAGGGGUAACCAGUGUAAAUCUGAGCAAGAACCAGUUUACGGAUCUCCCAACAAACUUGAUACUACUGGAGUCAACACUUAAGGAGUUCUAUUUUGGGUUUAACAAAUUAACAACUUUAAACCCUGACAUUGGAUUGUUUCUCAAGUUAACUACUCUGGAUCUCAGGAACAAUACACUGUCUGACUUACCAAAAGACAUGGAGUCCCUUCAGGACCUGAGAGAAAUUGUUCUGUCAUGUAAUCGUUUCACCACCCUACCCUCACCACUGUAUGAAAUGAAGAAGUUAGAGAUAAUAUUUGCUGACAAUAACAAGAUAACCACAAUAGAUGCUGCUGGAAUCAAAGGUCUACCUAUGCUGGCUACCUUAGAUCUACAGAACAAUAACAUAGAACAGGUGCCCCCAGAACUUGGGAACUGCACACAAAUCAAGUCCCUGUUGCUGAGUGGGAAUGCCUUUAGAAAUCCUCGUCCUGCCGUUCUAGCCAAGGGAACUCUGGCUUUACUGGAAUACCUGAGGAGUCGUAUAGUGUCCUAAGGUAGAACUUAAUACCUAAACAAAUACAGCUUUUACUGGAGGAGUUGUGUUCAGCAGAGGAAUUGUAUUGUGCCCUGUGAUAUAGUUACAAUAACAUUGAUAUAUGUAAAUCACAUACUACUUCCCAUUUAAACAGUGAUAGCUGUUUGAUCAAGAAUAUGCAAUAUUAAAAUUUUAUAGAUGCAGUUUUGGUGCUUAUUGUUACAGAAAAAUUGUCAAUUUAUGCUUAACACCAGUUUGAUGAAUAAAUUGGUUUUUGAUACUUACA